AUGAACAUCUACAGUUGGGAGAGCUCAGCUAGACCCCAGAAAGGUAAAGCCAAAAAGGCUGGGACCAUCGUGUUUCACCCAGAUGAGACUGUUGAUCUCUCCUUCAACCGCCUUCAAAAGGAAUAUCCACUUGACAAGACCGAGCACCCAAACUCUCAAAAAGCUUCGGAGGGGCAAACAGAACGGAAAAAGGCCCCUUUAAUGACUGCUGGGACAGCCAAAAAUCUCGUAAAGAGGAUGGGGUUCGAGGCUCUACUUCCCUGCCAAGCACAGUGUUACCGAGGCGUCUUUAACCGCCGUGACGUGAUUCUCCACAGCCGCACUGGGAGCGGUAAAACAUUGGCCUACGCUCUUCCCAUCAUCGAACGCCACCUCAUAAUGAGUUCUUUUUCUCCUCCCGCGUCGACUGGGCCAUUUCUUCUAAUAUUUCUUUUCAGCAACGAGUUGGCCGCGCAAACGAAGGGUGUGCUCAAGAAAAUAUAUCCCAAAUUGAAUAUACUCAUCGCCGGGUUUGACAAUCUUGAAGUUCGGCGCUGUGAUGUUUUGAUCGGGACUGUUCGCUCUCUUGAUGAGGCAAUUCGAGGCAGGUUGAGUAAGGAAUCUACCAGAGGGGAAAAGCGAACGCGUUCUGGUAGGGCAAGGGAAGAGGAAGAGGAAAAGGAGGAGGCUUAUUGUGAUGACCCUGGCACCGAUGAGAGGGAGGGGGACUUCGCUUCAUCCUCUGUUAGUGCUUCGAAUGUAUGUGCCAUUGUCGUAGAUGAGGUGGACCUGACACUUGGGCCACGCUUUUCUAACAUCGGGCGGCGCAUGCGGAAUCUUCUUAAUUUCAUACGAAAAGCAAACGGCUCACUGGCAAAAGGGCUAUUGACGGAUUACCGUGCUCACCACUACGUGCUCUGUGGGGCAACGAUUCCAAACUGGGUGGUGAAAGCGGGGUUUCUUGGAGUGAAAAAAUACUACUACCAGCUUGUGACAGUAGGGACUGCCAAGUUGCCAGAGAGACUGGAAUGCUUCUCCAUGUAUUGUCCGCAGAAAGCCCGUGUGGACAGGGCCGUACAAUUGCUUUCCACGGGAAAUUUUGGCCGCACCGUAGUUUUCGGAACCAGGAAGCAGGUGCUAAAGAUCGAGAGUUUUCUUUUAACGCAAAACCUGCAAUUUUCCUUCAGUUCGUUGGACCCUGGCAAGGAUGAGGUGGAGAGGAUCAAAGCGAUGGAAAAUUUUAACAGUGGUGCAGCUUCGGUUAUCUUUUGCACAGACCUUGCGGCCCGUGGAUUGGAUUUCAUCGAUGUACACAUGGUACUAAUGUUGUCGCUCCCGAAACACAAUAUGGCUGUUGAAACAUUUGUACACCGGGCGGGCCGCACUGCGCGGGCCGGGCGCCCCGGUAAAUGCUUACAACUGCACGAUGAACGUGAGGACGCUGCCAUUGAAGUUAUCGAAAAGAAUGCACACAUCGUUUUCAAGAAAUACAUUGUUGGUGGUGAAGGAAAAGGUAGCGUCGCACGUAAAAGGAUCAAAAAGGGGAACCUUACACCUCCUAACGACCAGGCGAAGACGACAUUCACGCUUACCGUGAAGAACCCCUUCAGGUCUACAAAGCCCGAUGCCGUUGUUCCUACUGCCCUGGAUGUACUCAAAAAGAAUAUUGGAUCUCUCUUCAGCAACGUCUGCAACGUCACGGAGGAUGUCAGUGGGGAGAUCGUAACGUUUGAGUACCCGGCCAACAGCUCGCAUGAAGUGAGGCAGAAGCUGUGGAAGUUUUCAUUGAAGGAAGUCACACCACAAAAUUAA